GCCCAGGGUGUUUGCUUUUUUGUUUUGAAGACAAAUUCUCACUCUGCAUUCCAGUCUGGCCCAAGCUCGCCUCUAAUUCAUGGCAAUCCUCCUGCCUCCACCUCUGGGAUGUGAGACGUGCGCUAUCACGCCCCUCCCAGGCUGCUCAUUUUAAAGAAAAAUUUUCUUCUGUCCAUCGGUGGGGCCAAGUCUCCCAGCCGGACUCUUCCCCAGCCAUCUAGGCCUAGGCCCGCGCUCGCGUCCAGGUCCCCCUCCCGGCGGGGGCGGCGCCGUGACGCGAGGGGCGGGAGCAGGAAGGGGGUGUCGCUGACGCCGAGGCGGCCUCCGGCGGCUCCGGCCUUUUGUGCGGGUGGCAGGGUCCGGUGGAGGUGGUGGCCGAGGCAGGCGAGGCCCGGGAGGCCCAUCUCAGCGCAGCCGGCCGGGUCCUGCCCUGCAGCCGGGGCGCCGCAUCCAUGUUCGACACCACGCCCCACUCUGGCCGGAGCUCGCCCAGCAGCUCCCCGUCCCUUCGGAAGCGGCUUCAGCUCUUGCCCCCAAUCCGGCCCCCUCCGGCUCCGGAGCCAGAACCAGGCACCAUGGUGGAGAAGGGGUCUGACAGCUCCUCCGAGAAGAGCGGCGUGUCCGGGACACUCAGCACUCAGAGCCUGGGCGGCCGGAACUUCAUCCGCAACAGUAAGAAGAUGCAGAGCUGGUACAGUAUGCUGUGUCCCACAUACAAACAACGCAACGAGGACUUCCGGAAACUGUUCAGCAAACUUCCUGAAGCAGAACGCCUCAUCGUGGAUUACUCCUGCGCCCUGCAGCGGGAGAUCCUCCUCCAGGGCCGCCUCUACCUCUCUGAGAACUGGAUCUGUUUCUACAGCAACAUCUUCCGCUGGGAGACCACAAUUUCCAUCCAAUUGAAGGAAGUGACGUGUCUGAAGAAGGAAAAGACCGCCAAGCUCAUCCCCAAUGCCAUUCAGAUCUGUACGGAGAGCGAGAAGCAUUUCUUCACUUCCUUCGGGGCCCGAGACCGCUGCUUCCUCCUCAUCUUCCGUCUCUGGCAGAACGCGCUGCUUGAAAAGACCCUGAGUCCUCGAGAGCUUUGGCACCUGGUCCAUCAGUGCUAUGGUUCCGAGCUGGGCCUCACCAGUGAAGAUGAAGACUAUGUCUGCCCCUUGCAACUGAAUGGUCUUGGGAGUCCCAAAGAGGUGGGAGACGUGAUCGCACUCAGCGACAUCAGCCCGUCGGGGGCGGCUGACCGCAGCCAGGAGCCAAGCCCUGUGGGCUCGAGGCGUGGACGGGUCACCCCAAACCUCUCUCGAGCCAGCAGUGAUGCAGACCAUGGGGCCGAGGAGGACAAAGAAGAGCAGACAGACAGUCAGCUGGAUGCCUCCUCCAGCCAGACAGUGACCCCAGUAGCAGAAGCUCUGAGUACCGAGCCGGCACCACCAGAUGGGCCCACGUCCUCCCUGGGUCCCUUGGAUCUGCUGUCCAGAGAGGAGCUGUUGACGGACACGAGUAACUCAUCCUCGUCCACUGGGGAGGAAGGGGACCUGGCUGCCCUGCUGCCUGACCUCUCUGGCCGGCUCCUCAUCAACUCCGUCUUCCACGUGGGCGCUGAGCGGCUGCAGCAGAUGCUCUUCUCAGACUCUCCAUUCCUGCAAGGCUUCCUGCAGCAGCGCAAGUUCACAGAUGUGACCUUGAGCCCUUGGAGCAGUGACAGCAAGUGCCACCAGCGCAGAGUCCUAACCUACACCAUCCCCAUUAGCAACCAGCUAGGCCCCAAGAGCGCCUCUGUGGUGGAGACACAGACGCUGUUCCGGCGCGGCCCACAGGCGGGCGGGUGCGUGGUGGACUCUGAGGUGCUCACCCAGGGCAUCCCGUACCAGGACUACUUCUACACUGCCCACCGAUACUGUAUCCUGGGUCUGGCCCGGAACAAGGCCCGGCUUCGUGUAUCCUCAGAGAUCCGCUACCGAAAGCAGCCGUGGAGCCUCGUGAAGUCUCUCAUUGAGAAGAACUCAUGGAGUGGCAUCGAAGAUUAUUUCCACCACCUGGAUCGAGAACUCGCCAAGGCAGAGAAGCUGUCCCUGGAGGAAGGAGGGAAAGAUGCCCGUGGACUACUGUCAGGUCUGCGGAGGAGGAAGCGGCCCCUGAGCUGGAGGGGGCACAGAGACGGACCUCAGCACCCAGACCCAGACCCUGGCACCCAGACCAGCAUGCACACCUCAGGUUCCCUCAGCUCUCGCUUCUCGGAACCAUCCGUGGAUCAGGGCCCCGGGGCAGGCAUCCCCAGCGUCCUGGUUCUCAUCAGCAUUGUCCUCAUCGUUCUCAUCGCCCUCAACGCUCUCCUCUUCUACCGUCUCUGGUCUCUGGAGAGAACGGCCCAUACCUUCGAGUCCUGGCACAGCCUGGCACUGGCCAAGGGCAAGUUCCCCCAGACAGCUACGGAGUGGGCGGAGAUCUUGGCUCUGCAGAAGCACUUCCACAGCGUCGAGGUGCACAAGUGGAGGCAGAUCCUUCGCGCGUCCGUGGAACUCCUGGAUGAGAUGAAGUUCUCCUUGGAGAAGCUACAUCAAGGAAUUACUGUCGCGGAUCCUCCCCUGGACACUCAGCCACAGCCUGAUGACAGUUUUCCCUGAGGACUCCUGAUCGAAAAGCCACGCCCCCUAAACGGACAGAAGGACACAUGGAACCCUGGCAGCCACUGCUGGCACAGUGUGAAUACUGCCGGGAGGUUCCUGCCUGCCCCUCACAGUGGCCCCGCCAAGAGCCACACAGACCUGGGGACCAUAGAACCAAGAAGCACUUUAGGUCUGUGUGUGCGAGUCCAGCUGCCUCUGCCUGUUCUGCCAGGGAGCUGGCCUGGUCUUUGGCAGGCUCCCCCCCUCUGACUAACUUAUUUUGCCCAGCUGGGGUUGUGGGGGGCACCUUUUGGGGUGCACGAGACCCUCUGGGUUUAAUGUAUUAUAUUUAUUUGGAAAUAACAACCCCAAUAAAGGGUUGGAAAUGGC